UUUUGGGUCAGUGACAGCGUGUCAAUGGCUGCAGAUGCGUCGCAAAGGAAGGCUCUGAGAUACCAGCAGACCCUGCUAUAUGGAGAGUACAGAGAGCAGCUGGGGAGUUUUGCCCGGAGAGAGGCUACUCGAUUGCUGACAGAAAAACAAUGGAGGAAACACAGAGGAGAUGUCUCCUCGGCAAAGCGUGCCCAUGGCCGCUCCCACGCUGCUGCCGUAGAGACGGGUUUCACAUCUUCAGGACAUAGCCACACCUCUUCAAUGAAGAAACCUCGCCCUUACUCAAAAUGUCGAGACUGUGUAGCACGGGUUCAAAGAUACAUUGUGACAAAGCUGGGUGAGGACUGGAUCUUCCUUGUACUGCUGGGUCUCACCAUGGCAUUGGUCAGCUGGAGCAUGGACUACGCCAGCGCCAAGAGUUUACAAGUUUAUAAGUGGAUGCAUGGAGAGCUAAAGGGGAACGUUCUGCUACAGUACUUGGCUUGGGUCACCUACCCCAUGGUGCUCAUCAUGUUCGCCUCCCUCUUCUGCCACCUGGUUGCCCCGCAGUCCAUUGGCUCUGGUAUUCCUGAACUGAAAACCAUCCUCAGAGGGGUGGUGCUCAAGGAGUAUUUGACCCUGAAGGCCUUUGUGGCUAAAGUCGUCGGCCUGACGGCUGGACUGGGGAGCGGAAUGCCAGUGGGGAAAGAAGGUCCCUUUGUUCACAUUGCCAGUAUCUGUGCAGCAGUGCUGAGCAAAAUCAUGUCCAUCUUCUGUGGUGUCUAUGAGAACCCCUAUGGCUAUACAGACAUCCUCACAGUGGGCUGUGCUGUGGGGGUGGGCUGCUGUUUCGGCACUCCUCUUGGAGGGGUGCUGUUCAGUAUUGAAGUCACGUCUACUUACUUCGCUGUGAGAAAUUAUUGGAGGGGCUAUUUUGCUGCCACUUUCAGUGCCUUCAUAUUCAGAGUGCUAUCAGUGUGGAACAAAGAUGCCGUUACCAUCACUGCCCUCUUCCGCACUAACUUCCGGAUGGAGUUCCCCUUUGACCUUCAGGAACUGCCAGCAUUCGCCGUCAUUGGCAUUUCGUGUGGUUUCCUGGGCGCCUUCUUCGUCUACCUGAAUCGCCAGGUGGUUAUGGUCAUGAGAAGACAGACCACACUCACCCGCUUCCUGACCAAACAUCGAUUGAUUUACCCAGGUGCCGUGACAUUAAUCAUUGCAACUUUCACCUUUCCCCCUGGAUUUGGACAGUUCAUGGCCGGAGAGUUGAUGCCCAGGGAGUGUAUUAACUCCCUUUUUGACAAUUUCACCUGGACCAAAAUCUGGGGCUCCCCUCCUCCUCCCGGCCUUGGGCGCUCUUCUGCCUGGCUGCACCCUCGCGUCAGCGUCUUCGUCAUCCUGCUCCUCUUCUUCGUCAUGAAGUUUUGGAUGUCUGCCAUUUCUACAACGAUGCCUAUCCCUUCAGGUGCCUUUAUGCCCGUCUUCAUAUUGGGUGCGGCGUUUGGCCGGUUGGUGGGGGAGAUCAUGGCAACCCUCUUCCCCAAUGGGAUUCUGUUUGACGGAAUUGUGUACCGAAUCCUGCCGGGGGGGUAUGCAGUCAUCGGGGCAGCGGCUCUGACAGGGGCAGUGACCCACACGGUCUCCACGGCGGUGAUCUGCUUCGAGCUGACAGGACAGAUCUCACACAUCCUGCCCAUGAUGGUGGCCGUGAUCCUGGCCAACAUGGUGGCUCAGGGGCUGCAGCCCUCGCUCUACGACUCCAUCAUCCAGGUCAAGAAACUGCCCUACCUCCCAGAGCUGGGCUUUGGGCACAUCAGCAAAUACAAUAUUUUUGUGGAGGACAUUAUGGUGAAGAAACUGAAGUUCCUUUCCACACAGUCUACCUACAGAGAGCUAAAUCACUUGCUACAGUCCACCUCCUUAAAAACUAUCCCGUUGGUCGACUCAAAGGAGUCAAUGAUCCUAUUGGGCUCAAUUGAGAGGACUGAGCUUCAGGCUAUCUCUGAUUGGUGGCUUUCAGCGGAGAGGCGGGUCCUCAACCAAGCACAGGUUUUGGAAAGUCAGGGACUGGAUUCAAAGGUCAGCUGGGAAUCAUUUGCCUUUGUGGAUGAGGAAGGAGGAGAGGAGAGCGUUGACAAGAGCAUACCAGUGCAGGACGAACGAAAUGGGCCUCUCCCAGCUCCCAAACCCCAAGAGCCAUCCACCAAUCACACGUCUUCUGACAAACGGCCGCUGCAGGCUGUGAGGAGAACCUUGCAAGGUCUUUUCUCCUCCUCAUCAGACAGACAGCCUGCGGAACCUCAGGAGGCUGCACCUCCUCCCCUUACAGAUACAAUGACACCAGAGGAGAUCAAAGCCUGGGAAGAGGCUGAGCUGGAUAAGCCAAUCGACAUCGAUCAAAUACGAGUUGAUCCAUCCCCCUUUCAGCUGGUGGAGAGAACCUCGCUACACAAGACUCACACGUUAUUUUCUUUGCUGGGCCUGAGUCAUGCUUAUGUCACCAGCAUUGGGAAACUGGUGGGAGUGGUGGCACUGAAGGAGCUGCAAAAGGCCAUCGAGGGCUCAACCCGCAGCGGGGUCCGCCUACGCCCUCCGCUGGCCAGCUUCCGGGAUGCCAGCCGAAAAUCAAAAAAGCCUCCCCAGCCUACCUCCCCCCCAUCCUCCCCAACGCGUGAGAGAGAAGUGUGGAUCGAGGGGGCAAAGAGGAACGUGGAGGAGGUUGAGGGCAAUGGUACCACCAGCAACAGCGGUGGGACAGGUUGCAAUAGCAGCAGUAGCAGUAGCGAUAGCAGCAACAACAGAGGGGCAGAAGGUUCCUCUUUCCCACCUCCUUCCCCCUCAUCCAUUGCUCUUUCUUCCCUCCAUCCUGUGGUGGAACAAGAGAGGGACGGAGAGAGAGAGAGCGAGGAGGAGCCACUCUGAGCAAAGUAGAAGAGGACUUUUUGUAUGGGA